CACCAGUGCUGCCCCUUGAUGACGCCUGUCCUAACAAGCCACUGGGUGAAGUUUUGCCAAAGCUUCAUCUUCGGAGGCUGCUGGAGCUCCUUCCCGUGUCUCAAACUGUCUGACUUCUUUCCAUCUCUCCACCACACCUUCCCUUCCCUCCUCCCCCUCUUCCCAUUCCUCCAGUCCCAGUUCAAUUUGCUCAACAGCAGCAUGGAUCAGAGCACUGACAGCCGAGCCGCUUCGUCGAGCCCGUAUAGCUCGGAGCACGCCUCCAAUGUCCCGACGCUCUCGCCUUACUCCCAGCCCAGUUCCACCUUCGACACCAUGUCCCCGGCGCCUGUCAUCCCCUCCAACACUGACUACCCGGGUCCACAUCACUUCGAAGUCACCUUCCAGCAAUCCAGCACCGCCAAAUCUGCCACCUGGACGUAUUCCCCGCUGCUGAAGAAGCUCUACUGUCAGAUCGCCAAGACAUGCCCCAUCCAGAUCAAAGUGUCUGGCCCUCCUCCGCCAGGGACUGUCAUCCGAGCCAUGCCUGUCUACAAGAAGGCCGAGCACGUGACGGAAGUGGUCAAACGGUGCCCGAACCACGAACUCGGGCGCGACUUCAAUGAUGGUCUCUCGGCUCCAGCCAGCCACCUCAUCCGUGUGGAAGGCAACAACCUCUCCCAGUAUGUGGAUGACCCAGUGACUGGGAGGCAGAGCGUCAUGGUUCCUUAUGAGCCUCCGCAGGUGGGCACCGAGUUCACCACCAUCCUCUACAAUUUCAUGUGCAACAGCAGCUGCGUUGGCGGAAUGAACCGGCGUCCCAUCCUCAUCAUCAUCACGCUGGAAACUCGAGAUGGGCAGGUUUUGGGGCGGAGGUCGUUUGAAGGCCGGAUCUGUGCUUGCCCUGGCAGAGACCGGAAAGCGGACGAGGACCAUUAUCGGGAGCAGCAAGCCUUGAACGAAAGCGCGGCCAAAAACGGCAACCCCAACAAGCGGACAUUCAAGCAAAGUCCGCAAGGGAUCCCAGCACUGGGAGCUGGAAUUAAGAAGCGGAGGCAUGGAGAAGAGGAAACCUACUACGUUCCUGUUCGGGGCCGGGAGAAUUUUGAGAUCCUGAUGAAGAUCAAGGAGAGCCUGGAGCUGGUAGAGCUGGUGCCCCAGCAGUUGGUGGACUCUUAUCGGCAGCAACAACAGCAGCUCCUUCAGCGUCAGACUCACCUGCAGCCUCCAUCUUCGUACGGUCCGGUCCUGUCCCCAAUGAACAAGCUCCAUGCAGGAGGGGUCAACAAACUGCCAUCGGUGAACCAGUUGGUUGGGCAGCCACAGCAGCAUGGCCCCAGCUCUGGACCUAAUCUGGGCCCUAUGGGGCCAGGAAUACUGAAUAGCCACCCCAUGCAGACCAAUGGAGAAAUGAAUGGCGGUCACUCUUCACAGUCAAUGGUCUCCGGGACGCACUGCAGCCCCCCUCCACCCUACAACCCAGACCCAAGCCUUGUCAGUUUUUUGACAGGCUUGGGGUGCUCCAACUGCAUUGACUACUUCACCUCACAAGGCUUGCAGACCCUUUACCAGCUGCAGAAUUUAACCCUAGAGGAUCUUGUUCUGCUGAAGAUCCCUGAGCAAUACCGGAUGAUAAUCUGGAGGGGCCUCCAGGACCUGAAGCAGGGCCAUGACUACGGAGCCCAGCAGCUCAUCCGCUCCAGUGGCAACGCCUCCACCAUCUCCAUCGGCACGUCGGGGGAGCUACAGCGGCAGCGCGUCAUGGAGGCCGUUCACUUCCGCGUGCGCCACACCAUCACCAUCCCCAACCGCGGCGGGGCGGACGAGUGGGCGGACUUUGGCUUUGACCUCCCAGACUGCAAGUCCCGCAAGCACUCCAUCAAAGAGGAGUUCACGGAGGGAGAAAUCAACUGAGCGCAUCGGAAGGGGUGAACGGACUUAGAUGAGUUCAGAAACGUAUUGGGCAGGAAAGCCAAACAGAAAUGAGCCACCCAAAGUAUUUUUCAGAACUUGUGGCACAAUGGUGGUUCGCCUGGCGGAGCCUUGGGCACAAGCCACCACUACCUUCCGGUCGUGUCCUUUCCACGCUAGACAACUUACACAGUCAACCGGCAAUAGAUGUUUGGUGUCCACCUUCAGCCUAUGAACCAACUGCUACGUUCCCAUUGUCUUUGUAGUACAUCGCAAUACAAAAGACCAAUCUGUUUGCUCCAUUAAGGAACAGUGGUUUGCUUGGAGAGCCAUUGGCACAAGCCAUCGCUACCUACGGGUUGUAUUCUUUCCCAUCUAAACGAAUUAUGAACUCAACCAGCAUUAAUUGCUUGGUGGUCACAUUCAACUGAUGGACAUGUCUUGGUUGAAACAAACCACUACGUUCCCAUUGUCUUUGUAGUAUAUCGUAAUGCAAAAGACCAAUCUGUUUGCUCCAUUAAGGAACAAUGGUUCGCUUGGAGAGCCAUUGGCACAAGCCAUCGCUACCUACGGGUUGUAUUCUUUCCCAUCUAAAUGUCUUAUGAACUCAACCAGCAUUAGAUGCUUGGUAGUCGCGUUCAACUGAUUGGCAUGUCUUGGUUGAAGCCAACGGUUACAUUCCCAUUGUCUUUGUAGUAUAUCAUAAUGCAAAAGACCAAUCUGUUUGCUCCAUUAAGGAACAGUGGUUUGCUUGGAGAGCCAUUGGCACAAGCCAUCGCUACCUACGGGUUGUAUUCUUUCCAAUCUAAACAACUUAUGAACUCAACCAGCAUUAGAUGCUUGGUGGUCACGUUCAACCGAUGGACAUGUCUUGGUUGAAACCAACUGAUCGUUCCCAUUUGCUUUGUACAUUGCCAUGCAAAGGACCAGCUUGUUUGCACCAUUAAGGAAAAAUGGUUCAUGGGUAGAGUGUUGGCAGUUUGUGUUCUUUCCAUGCUAGACAACUUAUGCACUCAACCAACAGUAGAU